AUGGACAACAACGAGCGUAAUGGAUUCUUAACUUCUGAAUCCGAUUAUGACUCCUCGAAGUUUCAUCAAAUUAUUGUUACGGAUCCUUACGCACGUUCUUCUUGUUCGUUCACCAUACCUAAGCGCUACAUAAAUUUAAAGUUUCUGAAUGCUGGGGCACAAGGAACUGUUGUAUCAGCCGAAGACACGUUGACCGGAACAAAGGUGGCAAUAAAGAAGAUGCAACAGCCGUUCAUUAUGACGAUGAGUGCCCGAAGAGCUUACAGAGAGUUCAUCCUGCUCACGACGAUUAGACAUCCAAAUAUUAUUCGUCUACUUAAUGCAUUCACGCCACAAAACGAACUAAAUCGAUUUCGAGAAGUGUACUUGGUGAUGGAAUUGAUGAGCCACAAUCUCCAUGAGGUGAUAACCAAACUACGACUGGAUCACAAGACUUUGUCGUUUUUCGUUUACCAGAUGCUUUGUGCCAUAAAACAUCUACACAAUUCCGGAAUUAUUCACAGAGAUCUGAAGCCAUCGAAUAUUGUGGUGAACGACAAAUGCGUGCUAAAAGUGUUGGAUUUCGGCUUGGCAAGGAAGAAGACCGUUGACACAGCGAUGCGAAUGAGUGACUACGUAGUAACUCGUUAUUACCGUGCUCCAGAAGUUAUUCUUGGAUUGCCGUAUUCUGAAAGAGUGGAUAUCUGGUCUGUUGGAUGCAUAUUUGCCGAAAUGAUCAAUCACCACGUGUUAUUUCCCGGGUUGGAUCGAGUCGAUCAAUGGACGAAGAUUAUUAACGUAAUGGGUACACCCAGUGAUGAGUUCAUCUCGAAACUCGGUAGCAGUGCAGCUAUCAGUUUGGGACAAGAGAAAUUCAGGUAUGUGCGAUCUCUUCCUCGUCAAACUGGUAUUCCCAUCGUGGAAAUAGCUCCUGACGCAAAUUUCCUGAAAGACACGGAGAACGUUCGAUCACAUCUGACAGCUGAAUAUGCUCGGGAUUUGCUGUCGAAGAUGUUGGUGAUCGAUCCCGACUAUCGUUUCUCGGUGGAGGAAUCUUUGAAUCAUCCUUAUGUUAAGCUGUGGUUCAGGGACGAUGAGGUGAAUGCACCUCAGUCGGAAAAUCGCUACAAUGAGGCGAUCGACUCCUCCGACAAGCAGUUGAAUGAAUGGAAAGAGUUGAUCUAUAACGAAGUAAAGCAGUAUGAACAACAGCACGACAUAUUCGGGUCAUGA